AUGAGUGGAAAAGUAUGGCAAAGGGGAACAACACCUGACGAUAUUAACCAGAAAUGUCUACAACUAUGCGCUGAUUAUUUGGGUGGCAUUUGGCAUAAGUUAACCACUGAUGACAUCGAAGUUAAGAUACUGAGCGGUGGUCUCACGAAUCAGUUAUACUAUUGCGGUCUCAAUGAAGAGCACCGAAAACUGGUGACAACUGAACCCCAAGAGGUGGCCAUCAGAUUGUAUCAAAAGAAAUACUUCAAUAACUAUGACACCAAUGAUAAGAGCGAAAGACUCAGCGAUACUAUUAUAGCACUCAUUACUUCCCAUAAGAAUUUGGGACCAAAAAUAUACGGUCUCUUCGAAAGCGGACAAAUCAUGGCUUACUAUCAACAUAGAGUGUUUUCCAGCGAAGAUGAAAGAGACGUCCAGAUGGUGACGAAGUUGGCCCACAAAUUGGCGGCAAUUCAUAGCCUGGAAGUGCCCCUAAAGUUGAGCCACAAUUGGAUAGUCGACUCAUACGACCACUUCUUUCACUUAUCUAAACAGAGGUUUGACUUAAACUCAAUGUUUAAUGAAUACGAUUUGGAAACUUUGAAAACACAUGAUUUGAGUGAAGAGAUACAAUGGAUGAAAGAGCUUAUACUAGCAACUGAUUCCCCGGUGACUUUUGCUCACAACGACUUCAGUGAGAAUAAUAUUAUGGUCACCAAAUCCAAUGAUAUAGUGGUUUGCGAUUACGAGUACUCAUGUCGUGGUUAUCGUGGCUAUGAUUUCGGUUCCCUUUUAUUGGUUUGGCGAAGAAAUAGGUGUGAAAUACGUAAACCUCAUGAGUUUCCCGACGAUCACACUCUCAGACAAUUGAUUGAACCAUAUAUUGAAGAGUCGGUUAAACUCAAUGGAAAUGAGUUUCUAAAAGACAAACGAAAUUCGGUUGAAAGCAUGUUAAGAGAAGUGAAAGCCGGAACCGAGAGAAUGACUGAACCAAAAGAAAUUAAUACCGAUUUCUCUUCAAUCAAGUGGGAGAGGGGUCAGACACCUGACAAUAUCAAAGAUAGAUGUUUUGAUUUGUGUCGUCACUAUUUGGGAGACGUUUGGCUCAACGUAACCAUCGAUGAUAUCGAAGUAAAGCGAUUGAGCGGUGGUCUCACGAAUCAGUUAUACUAUUGUGCUCUCAAUGAAGACCAUAGAAAUACUGAUGAAGAAGUACCACAAGAGGUUGCCAUUAGAUUAUAUGGCGGCAAACAUUUUAAUAAUUAUGAUAAACAAGUCAAUGAAAGGCUAAGUGAUACUAUUGUCUCACUACUGGUUUCUGAGCAUAAUUUGGGUCCAAAAAUAUAUGGACUCUUCGAAAGCGGACAGAUUCUCAAAUAUUAUAAACACAAAAGUUUUCGUAAAGACGAACAAAAAGAUGAAAAGUUAGUCAAAGAAUUGGCCAAAAAGUUGGCAAAAAUCCAUGCCUUAGAUGUGCCAAUAAAACGGACCGGGAAUUGGAUUUUUGAGACUUUCGAUGCAUUUUAUGGCUCAGCCAACAAAAACUAUGACAUGAAAGCAUUGAUCAAUGAAUGCAAUUGCGAGACAUUGAAGAUGUAUGACUUGAAGGCAGAGGUCGAUUGGCUUAAAGACUUGAUCACCAAAACUGAUUCUCCGAUUACUUUCACUCACGUGGACUUCAGGGGAUCCAAUAUAAUGAUCACCGAAAGCAACGGAAUAGUACUUUGCGACUUUGAAUACGCCUGUUAUGACUACAGGGGCUAUGAUAUCGGCACCAUAUUUGCCGAAUGGGGCAAAGGAUUGGCUGAUAUACCAAAACCACAGGACUUUCCCUCGGACUCAACAUUCAAGCCCUUUAUCGACUCGUAUAUCAAUGAAUCAAUGAAUUUGUUGGGAAAGCAAUUCAGUGAAGACAAGAGGAAUUCCUUCGACCACAUCCUAAAAGAGGGCAAAAUAUUUAAUUUGGUUUCCAAUAUGUUUUUCGCAAAUGAGGCUAUUGUUGUGGGAAUGCCUUUUGAUAAAAAGAAAGCAAUGGUUUUUUAA